UGACAGCACGGCCUGCCGCGCGCCAGUAGGUGCCCAGCUCUCGCGGAGUGCACACGUAGCCGCAAUGCGCGAAUCACGACGCGACAGCCGUGUUCGUUGAAAUUAUGACUUAUGGGCAUCUUUCGCACAUAGUAGUGUCCAUGUACUGGGAUUUCGGCGAAGCCGGCCGAUAGUGUUAUAGUGUAUAGGUGAACUGUGUUUGUGUUUUAUUUUUUUUCCGGGAGGGAUUUUUUUUUCGCAAGAUGGUCCCGCAGCAGAUUUCGGAUGUGCGGUCCCUGACUCCGACCGUCAGCGGGGUGGUGUUCGGGUCUCAGCUCGUCGACAAGAACUCCUCCACCCCCUACACGGAUGCAACUCAGACAAAGAAGAACAACCCCAACCACAUCAAAAGGCCGAUGAACGCGUUUAUGGUUUGGUCCCAAAUCGAGAGAAGAAAAAUUUGCGAGCAAACACCGGACAUGCACAACGCGGAAAUAUCCAAAAACCUCGGCCGCGUCUGGAAAACUCUGAACGACGAGGAGAGGCAGCCGUUCAUCGACGAGGCGGAGAGGUUGAGGCAGCUGCAUAUGCGGGAGUAUCCCGACUACAAGUACAGGCCUCGCAAGAAGACCGCGAAACCGGCGCAGCGGAGCGGAGCGGUCACCAAACAGAAACGCAAGCAGCGCGCCGACAGCAACAACAAUAGAGGCGUCGCCAGGCGGCGAUCGCGACCGUCGCCCUCGGUGCGGAGCGUGCCCAUAGAGACGCCCGCCCCGCCGCUCCUGCCCGCGUCCCCGGCCUGUGCGCCCGACUCCCCGGAGUCCGCGUGCCUCUACGAGGAUAACUCCCGGCGCGAGGCCAACGACCUGUCGGAGCUGUACUCCAUCACGGAUCUGCUGGAGCUACCGACCGACUGCGAGGUCGACCUGGACGCGCUGACGGACAUGGAGGCCUUCGACACGGCGUCCUCCUCCUCCGGCUCCCACCUGGAGUUCUCGUGCACGCCGGACAUGUCCGACAUGCUGAGCAGGAUCGGCGUGACGCCCUGGGACGACCACACGUUCUCGUCGUACCUGACGACAUCCUAAGGCGGUGCUCGUGUCGCCCCGGCCGCUGGCCGACACCACUGAUCUCAUUUUCGAGCCGCCACAAGGAGGCCGACGACGCGGCGACCGCCGCCCCGCCUACUGCGAGUGCCUACGUCCAAACGUGUUUUAUUUUGGAUCGGAACAUUUGAAUUCAAUGUACAAAGUUAUUUAAUAAGGUGUGAAAUUUUUAUUUGGACUGUUAUCGGCCGACGCCGGAUUUUCGGUUUCGUUUCCGUUUCUCAAACGCGAAAUAUUCGAAGCAGCAACCCGAAGUUGGGAAACGCAUGGGUCUUAAAACAUGGGCUGUGAGUUGGUUCUCGUUUAUCUGUUUUGCUUUUAUGUUAAAUAUUUCCAAAAAUUAUGUAAUCGAGUGUUUUUCCGAGCGGCACGUCUCAGAUGCAUCAUGCAACAAAGUAAAUAAUCCGUCUUAGUCUCCGUCGCCUGAUUAGCGAGCCCGGGUCCGGGCGGGUCACUCGCCGCACGCGCGUCGCGCGCUCGCCCCGCGUUGUCGUGUCCGUAUUCUUCGUGUACACUACUCGACUUGGCUUCUAUAGUAAGUUCGCAAGUAACAUAGAGCACUUUUACUUUUGUACAUUAACUUUCGAUUAUAAUUUUACUCUUACUUUCAAAAUAUUGCGUAUCUUCUAUAAUAGAGAAAUAAGACUAGGUUGUAGUCGUGUUCGUCUUGCGUUACGUUUACCGCGAAGUUCACUUAUACGUUCGUGCACAUAGUCGUAGAUGACGAUAUAUUUUAUACUUUACUUUCGGAAGCUAAUCGGUAUGUAAUAUGAUAGAAUUUCGGAGUGCGGAGUAUUCGAGUAGAAUUUCGAAAAAGAUUGCCCUCACCGUGCUAAGGAUCGUAGCGAUUUGCGCGUGCGCAGGCCCCCGUGGUCUUUUCGUGUUUUUCGUUCGGCGCGUUAUCGUUGCGACUCCAUUUUUAGAGAGCACGGUGGGGGAUGUGUGUAGGUUACGAGAUGUCUCGCUGUAAUGUAUGUUAGGUCUUGUAAGGUAAGGUCUGUCUCCGUUCAAAGGUAAAGUACGAAAAAAGAGAAUUGUUGGCACCUCAGGAUCGAUGUGAAGGGACACUGAAAAUUUUCUCGUUAAUUUCUUCAUACUUCUUCACGCUUCGACGUAAAAAGUAAAGUCUAUAGAAGGAUACAUAUCAAAAUUCCGGGAGGUGGUAUUCAUAUGAACAAACACCGGUUCGUUUUAACUCAAAUGUUUUGCUGUUUAAGCUCUGUGAUUUACUUUAUGGAUUUUCUAAAUUGUAAGGAUCUAGUGGAGACUGAUAUCGCAUAGAUUAGUUUUAGCGGCGCUAGCUUCUCUUACUUUAUAAUUUUUAGAACUGGACAUAAUUUUAGUGGAACGAUACCUAUUUUUGAUAAUUUGCUUGUCUGUGGAGAUCGGUAACGCCGAUGUACAAAUUUUAAAGUUUUGUAUUUUAACGUGCUCAAAUUGUUUGCAAAAUAUUUGUGUACUUCAAGAUUUCCCGGCCAUUUUUAAUACAAUAGUUCCGAUGUCUCAGUUCGCUGUCUGCUCUUUGCCACACUCUCCGAUUUCCACAGUAAAGUAUAAGCUAAAAUUUUGUAUAAAAUUUCGCUGAAAACUGUCAAUUUUUGGAAAUGGUGUCAGUUAGAUUAGAGAGGUAAUAUUUUACUGACUGUUACCUCAAACGUUUUACUAUAUAAGAAUCUUCUAAAUAGAAAUAUACUGUUUCAAAUAACGAAUCGAUAUAUGUAGGUGACUGUGUCCCUGAAAUAAAUUUCAUAAAUAUAGGGGAUCCGUUGUGCUCUAUCUCUUAAAAAAAAAGAAAUGCUUUACUUAUAUAAUAUUAUAUUCUUAUAAAUAUAUUAUGUAAAAACUUCGUGUAAUUCUUAGUAAGUGUCUACGAAAUCCAAUUAUUUUUAAAGAAAUACAUAAAAAUACAUGUUAUCUAUACAAUAUUGUAUGAAAAUCUGUAAGUAAUGUCUGUGUGUUAGACGAUAUACAUAAUAAUAUAUUGAUAAUAAAUGGAAGAAAAAAAAUUUGUGCCUAAUGAAUACUUAAAAUUCUUCAUAAUAUGUAUAUUAGUGAUGCUCAAGGUAUCUUAAGCGCGUAGUGAUUAUUUAGAUGCUGUUGAAAAUAUCUUUGAAAUGAAUAUAAGAUUUUGUACGCCAGAUAAGCAUUUUGAUUCAGUUCGCUUCUCCUAAAGCUUUACAUACGCUUUACUGUCUAUGAUAUAUUUCUGUACAUUAAAUAUCUUUAUGAUGUUUCACCGGCGGCACGCGGAGACGAAUCGCGGGCUGGUCGUGUUCAAUUUGUGGGAUCAGGUGAUUUGAGUCCGUGCGCUGCCGAGAUGGUAUACGUCGGAUGUGAAAAUAUUAUCAUGGAUCUAACAAACUAUCAUAAAACUACUAGGAUUAAGUCGUAAUAUACUUUGUAGUAGUUAUCCGACUUCGUUUCGUUUCGCUAAAAUAACCUGACACUCAAAACUUCGACAAUAAUGUUCUGCUUUUAAAUUCGCGUCAUCGUCUGUCAUUCGUAGCUUCGUACGGCUUUAACCGAUAUACGACUUCUACAAGCCACGCUCAAUUUACUCAAACGUACUGAUUCGAUCGUUAAACGCUUCCUCCGAUCGCUCGGUCGGUCUCGUUUUCCAAAUUUUUGAUUGUACGAUGUUAAUGUUGACUUAAGGAUAUCGUUGUUGGGCAGAGUUCGUUAGCGAUUUGGACAUCGAAUUUAAUGUUGUAACGCUUCUCGUUGUGGUUCUUCAAUAAUUGGAAUUAUCAGGGUUUAAAUGUUUCGUUUAGGAGAUAGGUGGUACGAUCCUCUCUCGUAGCACGUCGUAGAUGUCCCAGAUGUUCCCCGAUUCUUUGCUUGACGGUAGGCGUUUUCCCUAGGAGCCUCGGUCGUUUAUCGAAGUAUUAAGUGUAAAUAUUGAAACUGUUUAUAAUAAUGAAAAAGUCAAAAUAAAGCGAUACUGUGAGAAAUAUUAGAUGAUAUAAACGCGUCUCAGAAAAAUAAAUAUCAUAGACGACGUAGUAGUUAUCGUAGGGUACGAUAUGUGUACCGAAAUUAUAUUGUUAAAUUGUUGUAUAUUUCAUUACGCUGAGCUUCUGUGACUGGUUCAUAUUUUGUAUUGCUUGAAGAAUACACAGGUAUACGCGACAAGGACGCGACCAUUCUCUCGUCUUUUGGACGAGUCAUCAACCUCGUCUGAUGAAAAAAAUGUUUUUGCUCAACUCAGAACCCAGAGCGUUUUGACAGAAGAUUAUCUUCACAACAGCGUUGGUGAUUGGUCGUGACUCGUGUUUGACGUUAUCCAAUCACAAACGCGAGUGAAUGGAUAAACUCGAGUCAAAAAUGCUU